AUGCAGGAUGCAAGCUACUGGCACGUCUUGCCCUUCUUCUUUGCCAUUCAUGAAAUCAACCAGAAUCCAAGGCUGUUACCCAACAUAACCCUGGGCUACAACAUCUAUGAGAAUUAUUUCAAUGAAAGAAUAACCUAUGAAGCCAUGCUGGAUUUGCUCUCUGUGGGGCAACAGACGAUCCCAAACUACAGGUGCGGAAGGCAAAAGAGUUUGCUGGCCGUUCUGGAAGAGACUGAUUCUGAGCUCUUUCAUCACAUUGCAGCUAUGCUGGGUACCUACAAGAUCCCACAGAUCAGCUAUGGGGACAUCAGCCACAUUCCUGAGCAUAAACAUCAUUUCCCUUUUUCCUAUCGGAUGAGUCCGAGACAAGAGCCUCCUCACUGGGCAAUUGUCAAGCUGCUCCUGCAUUUCCGAUGGACGUGGAUCUGCCUUCUUGCUCCAGACAAUGAAAACGGGGAAAAGUUCAGAAAGACGUUUGUCCCUGCAGCCAUCAAGAAAGGGCUUCAUCCAUUCCUGAAAAACUUCCAGAUUUGCAACCUUUCUGUGCAUGGCGUUUAUUUGGACAAGAAUGGAGAUCCUGCUGCUGACUUUGAUAUCAUGCACUGGGUGGUGUUUCCCAACGGAUCUACUGCUGGAGUGAAAGUUGGGAGUGUAGAAAGAGAGGCCUCCUCAGACGUCAAGGUCUCUAUUAAUCAAAGUGCCGUUAUAUGGCCAACGUCAUUUAACAAGAAGGUGCCUUUGUCUAGAUGUACUGAAAGUUGUCACCCAGGAUACACCAAGGUCACCAGAGAGGGAGCGCCAGUCUGCUGCUAUGACUGUUCCUCAUGUAUAGAAGGAACAAUUUCUGUGCAAGAAGAUGCUGCUCAUUGUAAAAGGUGUCCAGAUGACCAGCAUUCCAAUAAGAAGCGAGAUCAGUGUGUCCCCAAAGUUAUAACUUUCCUGUCCUAUAAAGAAACCGUGGGUCUCAUCCUGGCUAUGUCUGCCCUUUUUUUGUCCCUAACCACUGUCUUUGUUCUAUACAUCUUCAUUAAAUACCAAGAAACUCCUAUAGUCAAAGCCAACAAUCGUGACCUCACCUAUAUCCUCCUGAUUGCCCUCCAGCUUUCUUUUUUAACUUCAUUUCUAUUUAUCGGUAGUCCCAAGAAACUGACCUGCCUUCUUCGGCAAACCACUUUCAGUGUUGUUUUCUCUGUUGCUGUGUCUUCCUUGCUGGCCAAGACUAUCAUGGUGGUGGUGGCCUUUCUGGCCACAAAGCCAGGCAGCAGGAUGAGGAAAUGGCUGGGAAAGACUCUGGCCAGCUCCAUUGUCUUGUCCUGCUCUGGGGUUCAAGUGGGCAUCUGUAUCAUAUGGCUGGGAAUCUCACCUCCAUUCCCAGAUGCCGACUUGUAUUCCCAACCAGGACAUAUCCUGCUGCAAUGCAAUGAAGGUUCAGUCACCAUGUUCUAUGCUGCAUUAGGUUAUAUGGGCCUUUUGGCUGCCAUCUGCUUCUUGGUGGCUUUCCUUGCCAGAAAGCUGCCAGGGAGCUUCAACGAAGCCAAGUGGAUCACCUUCAGCAUGCUGGUUUUCUGCAGCGUUUGGGUCUCUUUUGUCCCCACCUACCUGAGCACCAAAGGGAAAUACAUGGUGGCUGUGCAGAUCUUCUCCAUCCUGGCCUCCAGCCUGGGCUUACUGGGCUGCAUCUUUAUCCCCAAAUGCUACAUCAUCAUCCUAAGACCUGAUAUGAACAACAAGGAGCAUCUCAUGAUGAAAAAGAAUGAGAGGGGCUGA